GUCAGGAACUGGUCAGGAGCGGUCGGUAGUGAAGGAAUCUCUAAACUUUUCCAAAACACAUUUUAGUGGUCUGUUUACUGUUCCAGUUGACCCCUAGUUUGCCACCGAAUAUUAAAUAACAGCGUCUCCGCUUUCUUACGUGCUUAUCAGUGAUGAAGUGGAUGCAAGUGACCGCUUGGAAAAAAGGAAAGUUGCGAGAGGGAAAACUUGUGGAAUGAUGCCCGAUCGACUGCAUCCCUCCCUCCAAAGUUCAGCUAAGGUUGCUAACGUUAGCUAGCGAAGGAGCCAGCUUGGCUCGCUCUUCUGUGAAAGUUUGGAUAAACUUUUGUCCGACUGUUAAAACAAGUAGCAACACAUCAUCUGUUGUAGUGGAGGAAGCCGUGUGGGUAACGAAUAGCUGUGACAAAUUGAAAGCGUUCAUCCUUGGUUUGUUAUCAUAGCCGGGGCUAGUGGAGCUAGCUGAUAGACAGCUAACUUUUUUUCAGAAGUUGACCACAGUUAGUUAAAGUCACCGUGAGGCAUGACAGGGCACACUUUUUGUUUAUUGCUUACCGCUCAGUUCCAUUAUGCAAACACUGCGGUAGUUUAACACUUUGGGAAGCUGUGUUCAGACCUGCUCAUAUCCAUAAUUGUGCUUCAGGAGAUGAGAAGGCGGCUGGAUUUACUGACUACUGCCAGUGAACUCACAAAAUGACUUUCUUGCCUGUGGACAAUUUUGGAAAGCAGUGUGGCUAUUAAGAAGCUACUUUUGGAAAUUCUUUCUGGGAGGCCUUCCUGCAUUGGUAUGAACAUUGUUCAUCAUCUGCAUCCAGAGGGCUUGCAUCUUGGAUAAAGUGGAGAGCAGCCAUAAUGAAGGUGACAGUAACAUUUGGACAGACAGGUGUAGUGGUGCCUUGCAAGGAGGGAUGGACUGUAAGGGACCUCAUCCAGCAAGCCACGCAGAGAUACAGAAAACUCCUGGAACAGGAAGGAGAUUUCUUGAUUCGGACUCACCACGUUGAAUACUGUGAUGGGGGGAUUCUUGACCCUGAUGAUAUACUCAGUGAUCUCGUAGAAGACAAGGACAAACUGAUGGCCGUAUAUGAGGAGCAUGAAGCCCAGCAGAGGAGUACGGCUAAUACAAGCCUAGCCCCCAGUCCUGACCACUACCAGUCUGAGCUCUCUGUUUUCCAGCCAAUCACAGGAGGAGAGAUUGAAGUCAAUUCCUCAGCCCUCAAGUCCAACACGCCCCUGCUGGUGAGAAGCAGCAGUGAUUCUGCCCUCAAUCCCCAACCAGCAGAGACUGAACCCUCCUUCAGUGAAGAUGCCACUUUAAUGGCAGCUGCUCCCACUGUGGAGAGGCCGGCAGGAGUGGACCGAGCCCAAGCCAAACAUACCUUCAGUGGAAGCCUGACCAGAACGGUGGAGAUUCUUGGAGAGGACAGCCCUCUGGGAAUUCACGUGGUUCCCUACUGCUCAUCUCUCAGUGGACGGUCUCUUGGUCUGUAUAUUCGUGGAGUGGAGGAAGAGAGCCGCUCGAGAAAGGAGGGCUUGUUUCAAGAAGAUGAGUGCAUUGUGAAAAUCAACGACACUGACCUCCUGGACAAGACAUUCAGCCAAGCUCAGGAUGUUUUUCGUCAGGCAAUGCGUUCCCCGGUUGUACGUCUGGAAGUUGUGCCUUCCUCCAACAGAGAACGCUAUGAAAAGAGUCUGAUUGGUCAGCUCUUUGGCAAUAGUACCGGCCCCUCCAGCAGCCCCCGAACUGGCAAGACCAAAGAGCCGCCUCCACCUGUCAAAGCCAAACCUGUUUUUAAACCCUCUGAGAAUCCAGCUACACGGCUGGCAGAAGAAACAGCUGGUCUCGAACCUGGUUUUAGUACUCCCAAGGGGAAAAGUGAGAGCCCCCUUCUUAAGAAAAGUCCUGCCCUCUCCAGCUUGAUGGCCAAUAAGAGAGGAGGACGAAGAUUAAGGAUUGAUUUAAAGAAAGGUCCAGAAGGUCUUGGAUUUACUGUAGUAACCAGAGAUUCUUCAGUACAUGGUCCUGGUCCAAUUCUAGUCAAAAACAUUCUGCCCCGUGGGGCUGCUGUGAAAGAUGGACGCCUUCAGUCUGGAGACCGCAUACUAGAGGUAAAUGGUGUGGAUAUCACAGGUGUGGGCCAAGAGGAGUUGGUGUGUAUGCUGCGUAGCACACGACAGGGAGACAAUGUGUCUCUAGUGGUCCUACGACAGGAAGACAUGUUCCUACCCAGAGAAAUGAGGGAUGAGGUUCCCCAUGUGCCGAGUGUUGUUUCAGAGAAUGGGAAGGAACAGCUCAUGUUUGAGGUGCCCCUCAAUGACACCGGCUCAGCGGGGCUUGGCGUUAGCCUCAAAGGGAACAAGUCCAGAGAGACAGGAGAAGAUCUGGGAAUCUUCAUCAAAUCCAUCAUACAUGGAGGAGCGGCAUACAAGGAUGGAAGGCUGCAUGUCAAUGACCAACUGGUGGCUGUAAAUGGAGAGUCUUUACUGGGACGCCCCAAUCAUGUGGCCAUGGAGACGCUGCGGCGCUCCAUGUCACAGGAAGGCAACGUCAGAGGGACCAUCCAGCUGGUGGUGCUGAGAGCUUUGAAGGAUCAACAUGGUGGAUCACCCAAUCGCUCAUUUGACAGCUCCUCUGGCCUGACUGGACCGAGCCCAAUGAACGGUCAGGCCACUGACCCCAUUCACCCUCCAAUGAUGACCAACGCUAUCUAUGCAUCUAAUGUAACCAAUGGAAAUUAUUCUCACAUGGAUGAGGAAGAGGAUGGGGUACUGUACGGACAUGAUGCUGAUUUCAGCAGCUCCAAUCAAAACUCCUUUGUCCAGGAAAGGGAAAAUUCACACAUCUCUUGCCCGGCUCAGCCCCAGUCUCCGACCCAGAACCAGAACCAGAACCAGCGGCAGAUCCAGCAUGUCAAAGCCUCAAAGAGCAUGGAUCUGGGUACGACUCAGAACCAGCAUCACACUGUGGCAGAUGAGAACAAUGUUGGAUCAUUGGCUGGAAACUCUGCAGCUCCAUCCAGUCCCUCGGAGCUCGGACCCACCCUCGGCUUGAAGAAGUCCAGUUCGUUGGAGAGUCUCCAGACGGCCAUGUCAGAGGUUAACAGAAAAAACGAACUCCUCCCAUUCCACCGCCCUCGCCCAAAUAUGGUGAGGGGAAGAGGCUGUAACGAGAGCUUCCGAGCAGCAAUUGAUAAAUCCUACGAUGGGCCAGCUGAAGAUGAUGACGAUGAUGGUACAGAGCCCAGUUCAGGCCGGGACACGCCUGCAAGUAGUUCCUCUCGCCAGGGAGCCAGUGACCAGAUCGAGGAGAAAGGCAAAAAAGAAAAGAAAAAGAAGGCCAAAAUAAAGAAGAAAGAAAAGGGCAAAGGGAAAGGAAAAGAGAAAGAGAAAAAGAAGGCAGAGGAGCCAGAGGAGACGGAAAAGAAGAGCAAGAAAAUAGGCUUCGGCCUGCUGAGAUUUGGAAAGAAAAAAGAGGAGAAGAAGGAAGCAAAGGCUGCUCUGCAACGGCAAAAGUCAGACCUCCUUAGUGACCAUGAGUUUGAAAGGAUGAAAGAAGAACGAGAGAGAAUUGAGGCAGCACAUCCUGAAUUGCGAGAUAAACGGUCCAGAGACCAGCAAGGUGGUGGUGGUAGUUCGGCAUAUCCAGAUUUUGAGGAUGAUGAUGCAGAUCCCAACUAUGCCCGUAUACAGUCCUUCAGGGACCGAGAUAUGGGUUCACUGCCACAGCCUCUGUCUCAGUCACCUCCCUACAGUGCAAUUCAACAUGCUCGUACACCUUCCCCUCAAGGCCCCUCUGGUUUUCAAGGACAUGGAAAUCAUACUAACGAGCCUGGAGUCAUCCCUGAUGAUGACCCUCUGGAUAGGCUGUAUGCCAAAGUCAACAAAUCAAGGGGAGCUGGAACUACAUCUCCCUCUGCUCUUGCUCCUACUAAUGACAGUAUGGACAGGAUCCAGCAGCUAAGAAGAGAGUACCAGCAAGCAAGAAGAGAAGGAAUGGUGCCGCCAUAUGAAGAAUUGGACCCACGACGCAGAGGCCAUGAAAAUGACCCACACAGGAUGCCAGGCCGAGGGGCAGAUCAUCGUCUCGCACCACGGUAUGAAGAGGUGGAACGCCAGUAUGCCUCCUUACCAAGACGAGGUCCAUUAGAUCCAGCUGAAUACCCGAUGCAGCCAUGGUCAGGUCCUUAUCCCGGACCUCCACACUCCCAGCAGGGAUACCCCCAGGCCCCAUCCUACUCCAACUCACAGUCUGGCCCGUCUUAUUCCAACUACCCACCAGGUCAGCCAUACCCACGGCAAGGAGACCCUCGAGGCAUUGACCCUGGCUACUACCCCCACCCUAGCUCCCAGCAGAGAGGGCCCUUGCGGCAGGACGUGCCCCCAUCUCCUACCCCUCCACUUCGAGGACUGCGGUAUGAUACGAUGACACAUGGAACUGGGGGUGGGGGUUACAGGUAGGGGGCGAUUUGUGGAUGAAGACCAUUCCAGGCACCAGCUGGAGCCCGGUACAGACCAGUAUGGCUGCACUCUGGAGGGAGGGAGGAAGACAGCAACACCAAACACACCCAAAGCAGAAGACUCCCAUGACUACAGCUGUGUAGACACAUCAAGUUCAGACAUGAAAAUAAGCAGUGCAUCAACUUCUUUGUAUUGUGCAGCUUUUCUGCUUUCAGCUCUCCAUUGAAACAGAGCUAAAACCUCUCAGUGGUAUGAUUUGAAUCCCUGUCAUUAUCAAACACUGUCUGUGCUGGUUGAAGUGUAUGGUAAUGCACAGACAAGCAAGGUAAAGAAGGUUAAUUAUAGAGUGGAGGAUGCAUAAUGUCUUGUUGUUUGAAGUCAUUUAAAUUGCUUUGAAUCUCCCGAGAGUAUAAAAUUAGUAGGGUUUUUACUUUUCACUGUACUCUGAAUAAGUUGUCUCUUGUAAGAAUCUGUCAGGGCCACGAAGGUAAUUGGAUCCAUUUAAAUUAAGCCACUGCAGCCUCACAUGCAGCUCUCCCAUUCACUACUGCUGCUUCAGCAACCUAAAGUAAGUAACA